UGGCAGCGGAUAAGAAAAAUACUGAUUGGCUAAAUAAUUAAAAUUUUAAUUAAUUAAACUAUUGCGAUAACGAUGGUACAUAAUAGGAUACAAAAUAAUACUUUUGGUUUUCUUAAGUGCAAAGUUUAAACGAAAAUAUCCAUCUAAUUGCCGUACCACAUAAAAACAAAAAUACUCUUUGCUAGUGAAAGUAUUAAAGGGGUGUAGGUGCAUGUGUGUGUUUUCUGGAAGUGGCACUUUGUUCAAGUGAAAAGUGCCAAAGCAUUCCUUUUGUGGACUACCUUCUUUAUUUAAAUAUUUUGGGCGUAUACAACGACAUUCUUCUAUUACUAUAUUGACUCCCACAUUAUCAUCCUUAGUACUACAAAUGAGUUUCGUUAGACAGAGAUCUGGAGUAAAAAACGGAUAAAUGCGUGCAAAUGUGAGUCUGAUGUUGACGCAUGGAGCUAGUGAACCGAUUAUGUCGCGUCCGGAUUACGAGCAAAAUGCGCUACAUCACGGUUGUUUGUUGGUGCUAUUGCGUGGCGUGGGUCCAUCCAAGCCACGAUCGCUGCAGAAGGCGUUUGAUAAGGUUCGCCGCGUCAGCAAUGUGAAAAUAAAUGACUCGACAGGUAUUACACGUGAUAUUUGGGUACGCUACAUACAUGACCAUCCGGUAGAAAAUAAUGAUUGGGGUGAUUUUCAAACACACCGUCGUCUUCUAGGUUUAAUUACUAUUGGCAAAUUUGAAAAUCAAACAGAAUUAAAUGAGCUUUGUAGGCAGCAUGAAUCGCUCAAAGUUCGCUACAGUGGUACGCUGUACGACUCACGUGCAAUAUUUUUCGGUCCAUCAUCACCACACGUUGCGGAAAACAUUAAUUCCGCCGGUGGCGAUCAACAAUUCACGGAUGCAAGCAACCUUACCUUUCAUGAUAGUGUUAAUUUAAAUUCUAACAGUGUAACGAAUCAUUGUCCUAGACUUGAAGAGGAAUAUACUACACCCUCCAAUUUUAAGGCGCAAGCGUUUUUCUAUCGCGAACAAGAUUCUUGUAGUGAUUUAGAAUCACACAUAGCAGAGUUCAUACAUGCGCUAUUCUGGGUGCUGGAAUCAAAGCGUUUGGAUAGAUCGCGUGAAAAAGUAGAAAAAGUUAGUUUACUAUUAGCACCUUUUGAAAAACGCGAUUUUGUUGGUCUGGAUAUGGAUUCACGCAGUAAUCGCAAACGCUGUGUUGGCCGUGUCACUAAGAAUUUGGCGGAUCUAUCGUUACAAGCUGGUCUAGUAGUAGACGCGCUAGGUUUAUACCAUAGCGCCUGCGAAACUUUACGUGCCAUAGGCGAUUUAUUAUGGGUGGGCGCUUCGGAAGAAGGCUUGUGUUCAGCAUCAGCAAUACUUUUAUAUCCACAUUUACGUGAAAGCGAAACGUUACAUCGAAACAUUUCCUUACAGGGUGGCCCAUCACCUUUGCGUAGCACACCCGAAAAAUGGCGAGCCAGCGAUGCAACAGUCAAAGUGCAUGCGCCCGAACAUCAACAUAAUUCGCACCCAGACGCUCAAGGCAUGGCAUCUACGGUUCAAAUGACCUCGGCAUCGUCGUCUUGUUCUUCAGUAUCUUCCCUUUUAACAAAUUCCUCAACUUCCGGUACACCAUCAUCGUCAUCUUCUACAUCGACUAUCUCCGCGGCGCAGCAUGGUGCGCGUGCAAGUGAAUUGCCAAGCAACAUACUGAAACCAGACGAACUUCACAGUUAUUACAGGCGUGCAAUUAUAAAUUAUAGUAAAUAUGGUACUGCCGCUGUAAUCGAGACUGAGGCGGCGUUAAAGGCAGCGCGUAUUUCGAUUGAGCAAAAUCGGCCAUUAGAUGUGGCUAUGUUUCUGCAAAAUAUACUCUAUUUAAAUGUGAGCAUGAGCGAACAGGAGCGUAUAAAACUUUUCGAAGUGCUUACCGAUUUGUAUAACCAAAUCGGCUAUCGACGUAAAGCGGCCUUCUUUCAGCGCCGAGCAGCACUUAAGUAUGUACAACAAGGCAAUCCGAAUCCCGAUUGGUCGCAGACAUAUCGGUUAAUGUUGGAAAGCUUUUCCGGGUAUUUACUUUCGCUCGAUCCAAUGGAGGUGAUCGAUAAUGCCGCCGGUUGGCCAGCUUUACAAAUAGAUUUGCUGCAAGGUGUUAUCGCAGCGGCGCGCCGCCUAGGCCAAUCUGCGUUAGCUACACGUCACAUGACUUUCUUGCUGCAAACACAGUGGGCGCAUAUGACUUCAACGGAGCAGAGUGAAUUGUCUGUGCAAUUACAGAAUUUAAGUGCGCAAUGUGAAGGUUCACCUGUGCCUCUGGUGCUGGAAAACGGCACUGUCAUACCGCCAGCCAAUCUAACGGAUUUACCCUAUUGCAUGGACUUGGUUGUGCGCGAUUUGCCGGCACAUCUGCGGCCGCAGCGAAUAAAAAUCGUCAAAGCAGAUAGUGGACCUUUCCUAUUCACACCCAUACAUCUAAAUUCGAUGGAUAGACGUGAAAAGAAAAAGGAAAAGAAUAAAAUAUCUUUUCUCUGGGUGCAAAACAAUCUAAGCGAGAUAACACUGCGGUUGCGCAAUCCAUUGCCAUUCGAGUUGACUGUCAGCGAUAUGCGUCUGUUAACCAACGGCAUAGUUUUUGAAUCGCUACCACAAACGGUAAUCUUACAACCGCAUGUACCAACCACUGUGACUCUACAUGGCACUCCUAUCGAAGUGGGCCAAUUAGAGAUACAGGGCUACAGCACGCAUGCGCUGGGCGUCAAGUCCAAUUGUCGCUUGAAAAACAUGCGUGGACGUAAAUUCCCGCCCAAUUAUCUAGUGGAUGUGAUACCGGCAUUGCCGCGAAUUUCCGUAAAGACCUCGUUGCCACAAACGGCGACAUUUAGUCAAUUAGCAAGUUCCGACAUUGUUAUAACAUCCGCCAGUUUAACAUUGUACAACGGCGAGUCAUCAACUUGCAUUGUAACCAUUACAAAUGACAGUUCGCUACCAGUGGAACAUUUGGAGAUAAGCAUCAAUUCGAAUGUGGAACAAGAAGUACAGAAAAAAAUUUUCAUUAUCGAUGAAAAAGACUUGCAAUCAAAACUUCCCAUACAACCCAAUAGCUCAAUCGAUUUUACGGUGCAUAUAUAUGGCGAAGCGGACUUCAUCUGUCCCAUAGUAAGUCAACGCGCCGCCUCAGUGCAUUCUAAUAGCACAGUGACAGCUGCUUUGCAAGCAGAUUAUGCGGGCGGCACAAUGGGUGCUGGACCGUAUUCAUUGCAAUACUCGACACUUUCAUCAUCGGGUCACGCGAGCUUACCUUCACGUGUUAGUUCGCCCAAUCAACAGCAAACGUCAUAUAAUCGUCGCAAUGAUCCAAAUAAUCUAAGUUUUCGCUCCUCAACGUCGGGCGGCGCACCGUCAUUGGCAGCGUUGAGUUUGCCACCUGCAGGUACACAGGGCAGCACUCAUGGCUAUGGACAACAUGUGGAAGCACAGUUUCGUGUGAAAUAUUCCGGUGGUGAGGCCAUGCAACAGGGCUAUUGUCGUCAAUGUGCAAUAUCGUUUAACAUUGAAUUGUUGCCGAGCGCGCAAAUAACCAGCUGGGAUGUGCUACCUGCAGAAAUUCCUUCGCAGUUCUAUUUAGUGCUGGAUGUGUCCAAUUUGACAGCACAAGAAAUGUCACUCAAUUACACUAACAACAAGAGUAUACUGAUUGAAGCCAAAGAGAGUUGUCGUGUGCCAAUACCAGUCGACCGUUGCUCAUUAGAGCAAGUAGUGGCCGCACGUGAAGCUGAAUAUGCUGAGAAUAUGGAGAAAGACCUUUGCUAUCGCACCCAACUGCUCUCUUUCAGUGACAGUAUUAGUAAAUUAUGUUCGGAACACAUAGCAGAGCGUGUGAAAAUCAGUUGGUUGCUCACCGGCACCGACAUACAGGGCAUAGCAUCAUUACACGGCAUCGUGCUGACAUCAGCCAUGAUCGAUUUGACAACCGUGUCACCGCUUCAAUGGACGGUGUCAUUCCAAAACACACCCGUCCAACCGCAAUCGGAAAUUGUCUGCGCCGCCGGGCAGAGCGCCAUUUUGAAUGUUAGCGUAAGCAAUCAAUCGGCGCAACCGCUACGUAACCUUGUGCUCACCAUCAAAUUCUACCAAGAUUACUUAAAUGGCAUGGAAAAUUACAAUUUAGAUACACGCGUUGCCAUAUCCGGUCCGAGCAGAGUCUCAAUACCGCUUCUACAAAAACACGCACAAAUUCAACACGAAUGUACCGCAAUCUUUUUCACUCCUGGUCGCUUCAAGGCAAGCAUCCAAUGCUGCUCCAAGCCACAACAGACCUCAACUCAAUCAGCUCGUGGCCAAUUGUUAGAUCACAAAAUGCCCGCUGUACAAGUCAACGACAUUGUUGGCAGCGCAGCUAGUUAUCAUGAACAACAGGAGCACAUCUGGAAAUUCAUACCGCCUAUUGAAGUUACCGUUAUCGAGCAAUAAUGCAAUACAUAUAUGCAUAGUUAAAAUAGUAUUUAUAGGUAAAAAGUCUACAACGGUUGUGCCCAACAACUGGAUGUUGCUGCGUUGUUUGUUGGCUUUGCGCGCUGUUCAGACAGUUAAGCUUUCGCAUUUGCACGCAGAAUUACGAUGAAAUAUGUCAUCAUUUGGAUGCGCUGCUUUAAAAGCGCAUCUUUAAAACCCGCUUAUUGUUUAUAUAUAUAUAUACAUAUGUACAUAUGAAUUUUUUUCUUAUUUCAGUUGAAAACGAUUAGAAAAUUAAAAUAAGCGAGCUAUACGAUUAUCAAUAUGCCUGGAUGCGCGUAGAAGUAAUUGUCUUCAUAAAAAACAAAAACAGUUAAAAAAUAUAUAGAAAAACUACUACUGCUCUUCAUUUCUUUUGUUAUCAGAAUUGUGAUUUGGUUAACGUUAAUUUAGUUAUUUGUUACUACUAUUAAUAGAUAUUGAAAUUUCGGUUUUAAGCUGUAAAAUUUAAUUGAAAAAUGUUUGUGAAGCGCGUCAAUUACUUGUCCAGCAGUAGUUUAGCUCGUAGAGAAUAAUAACCAACAUCCAAUUGUUAAAACAAGGCUUGUUUUGUAUAUAUUAAAAAUAUCGGGUGAUUUUUUAAGAG